AUGCAAAUGGGAUGCAAAGCACCACAGAGGUGGGCAGCAAAGUGGCCGCAAGGCUUGGAUCUGCUACUCAAAGCAGGGCAACACGCGAGAGCGCAGACUAUUUUACAGUUCUUCUUGGAUGUAGUGGAGUCCAGUGGUCCUACUCAUGAGCAGCAACUGCUCUUGGCAGAUUUCAGUCUCGGGCUCCGACCCAAACAUUUUGCCCCAUUGAUGGGAAGUGGCAUCUUCACCCAGGAUGGUGCAGCAUGGAAGCAUUCGCGUGCGCUCCUACGACCUCAGUUCACUUCCAAUCGCUACCAGAACUUCGAGGAGAUGAAGAAAUCCGUCGAAAGUCUUAUCGAUCAGAUUUCUUCCGAUAGCGUGGUCGAUUUGCAGCCGUUGUUCUUCCGUUUGACUUUCGACACGACGACAUUCCUUCUUUUUGGGAAGACGCUGAGCUCUCUGCAAAGCAGUGACAUCGCUGGAAAAGAGUCGGAGUUUGCGACGGCUUUCAACUUAGGCCAGGACUACCUAUCGCAUCGUGGCCGAUUGGGAGACUGGUACUGGCUUGCCAAUACGCCUGAGUUCUGGCGGGCUUGUAAGACUUCACAUCGCUUCGUUGACGAUGCAAUUCAGAACGCACUGGAUGAUGCGGAGAAGCCGAAGCCUAAAAAGAAGGAAGACGAGGAAACGAAGCAUUACGUUUUCAUCGAUGCUCUUAUCCAAGAAACCCGAAACAAGAAAGAACUCCGCGAUCAGUGCCUCAACGUUCUCCUUGCGGGCAGAGACACGACCGCAUGCUGCCUCACUUGGACCUUGCGCUUAUUAGCUCGUCAUCCUCAGGUUUUGCAAAGAUUACGAACAGAGAUAGAGGAAGUAGUAGGCCUCGGACAGCAUGCGUCUCAGCCAACUCGAGUGGAUCUGAAGAAGAUGCAAUACCUAGACCUGGUACUAAAAGAAGUACUUCGCCUCUACCCAUCUGUGCCGGUUAACUCCCGUGCAGCACUAAAGACAACGACGCUUCCUGUCGGAGGAGGCCCGGACGGAAAGUCCCCUAUAUUGGUGAGGAAAGGCGAAGCCGUCGGUUAUUGCGUAUACGCUAUGCAUCGUCGCACGGAUAUCUACGGGGAAGAUGCACUCGAGUUCCGUCCCGAGAGGUGGGAAGACGGACAACUAUUGCGCAAUGUGGGUUACGGAUACUUGCCCUUCAACGGUGGGCCGCGAGUAUGCCUAGGCCAAGAGUUCGCCCUCCUAGAAGCGGGAUACACUGUAGCGAGACUGGUACAAAAGUUUCCCUUCUUGACUGUCCCGCAUGAUGACCCUGUUGUGGCAACUGGAAAGGAAAAGCAGGUUCUAACGCUGGUGGUUGCUUCAGGAGAUGGGUGCCGUGUACACAUGCGUUCGUAG